AUGAAGGAUUUAGUGGGGACAAAGCAAGAAAUGAAAACGACGAUAAUGCUGAAGACGAUGACGGCGAUUGCGCACUGGCGAUGGGAUGGCGAUGCAACAAACCUGAACACAGUGGUCAAACCAUCUCAGAAACGAGAAAAUCUAUUUUUCUUCCACGGAUCACACCGUAAUCGCUGUCGACUGAUGAAACAGUGCCUGUCAUUUCACUACUAUUACUAUCGUUAA